CAGCAAGUCAUGUGCUAAUAAUGUAAGUUCAACUCAUGAAUGGUCACCAAGUCAAUAUAAACAGCCCAACACCUUUUAUGCAAACAUAAGAAGACCAGAAAAAACUUAUCUUUCUCCAUCACCACCUGUUGGAAAAUCACGAAGAAAGCGAUCUUCUCAUAGGCUACGUCGGUCAGUGACCGAGAGUGAGGUAACCAAGCAAGGAUUUGAAGCAUCGAUAUCAGACAGAGUCAAGUCAGAAAGUGCAUCUCCAGAAGUACGGAAGGCAGAAUGUGGAGAUAUAGUAUAUGGCGACAGGUUAGGCUUUAAUGGUGACUCUUCUUCUCAAGAUGGUCUUGACUAUGCAACAUCUCAUGUUGUUAUGAACUCACAAGUUCAUGAUUUGGAAACACAAGCUGUUCUUGAUGCAAAGUUUCCACCUGCAACAGUGCCCACAAUAGGAUUAGAGCGACCAGCCACUCCGCCAUCACCGGAGCGUCCAAGAUACUAUCGACUUAUGGAGCAGUGUAUUGAUCCAUUAAUGAUAGCUCCACUUGACACACAGCACAUUGAGAAUGCAAGCAGACUUGUACCUGAAGUUGUCAGACAUCAAUACAAAGGUGUUUUGAAAUAUCUGGAAAAGGAGAUAGAUGCAGACUAUGUGAGGGCAGUUCAGAAAAGCAUAUUGGAUUACAUUCUGUUAGAUCCACAAGAACAAACAAGACUUGGUAUUCACUUGCCACAAAUGUUGCCGCAGUCAGCUGGCAGGACAGAAUUUGCAUGGCAUGAAUCAGUGCUGGAAGCUCGUUAUUUUCUUUCUGAUUGGUUGUUUAUUACUCACCCAGUGAUGAUGGAAUUACAUCAGUUAUGGAUACAGAGGUAUAGUAGUCUUAGACUGUUCAGCAUCGCCGAGAUAAAGGAACAAUUGCCUUUGACACUGGCAAGUUUUGUUCAUGAGUUUCACAAGCAGUGCAACACAAUGGCAACAACUCUUCAGUCUGAAUGGAUACCACAAUGUGUAGAAAUUAUUGACUCUCAUCGUGAAGAUAUAGAAGCUAUUAUGCCAGAAGACAAGGAUAUUCGAAUCAUUCAGAUGGGCCAUUUCUUGGAUAGUGUAGCUGCAUUGAUGUCAACCCAGCUAAGGCAAAUGGUCAUGAACUCUAUUGAGGAUUUCAGUGCAAUGAUAUUAUUGUACAAGAGUGGAAAUGAUUACAAGCCACCAUACAAACCUAACAUGUCAAAGAUUUCACCAUUGAUAAUCAUUUUUAUGAAGGGAAACAUUGAUCUUCAGACUUUGCAGUUUUCACCUGACAUGUCUGAUCUGACUUCUGCACUGUGUGAACUGAUAGACACUUUCUACGUCUCUGUGUCUAACAUUCCACGUGUUGAUGCAAGUCUCUUUAUGGAGGAAGAGGCUCUCUCCAUUCGCUAUGUUGAAACAGUGAAAGCAUGGGACAGCAUCGUAGCCAGUGCGAAGGAGAGCGUGAGAAAUGUAGUGGCAGCAAACUCACUUGGAUUAGGAAGAUUUUCUUCCGAAUACAAGACUUUUGAAAACAUUUAUACAAGAAAAGCAGAUCGUUUUGUUGGACUGUUUCUGGACAGUGAUCAUACUCUUUCACGAUACAAAACUGAGAUUGACAAAUACAAAGCAAUUGCAGUUGCUGUUGCAAGUCGGCUUGUGUCUGUUGCACUGGGUCUCUUCUUGGUUGACACUAAACCACUAUGCGAGUUUUUGACUGACAGAGCUAAUGCUCUAGCAAACAGAGUGAUUGCAAAAGUUGCCUCAAAGAGUCGACAACUCAAUCGGGAAAUUUGCAGUCAGUUUGAGACGGUGGCUGCCAAGCUUUCUGAACAGCCUGACUCAAUUCAUGGUCUUGUGGAACUGCUUGACUAUAACCAUGGUCUUCAUCAUGGUAUUAUUGAAGACUUGCGGGUUAGUUUGAGCUUGUAA